AUGAGCGAUCAGGAAAUUUUGAACCAAGCCAUAUACCAAGAACCUGAACAGACUAAAAAUGAUGAGGAAGAUAACAGUAUAGAAAUACCCCAAAUUACCCACAAGAAAGCACUAGAUGCUAUUAACCAAAUAGAAUUAUACCUUAUACAACAGAAUCUUAAUAAUGUAACUCAAACAGAAUAUGAUAUAGUCUUGUCAAAAUUGUAUAAGUCAGUAAGAAAACUCCAAAAUGCUUUGUUCAA